AUGGCUACCCAGAAGGACCCAGACCAGAGCCCAAAGAAGCGCCACCCAGAGAACAAGUUGAAGGAGCCGAAGAGCAGCCUCGAGGAAGAGGAGAAGGGAAUAGAGGGUAACAAAGGCAUGGAUGAGGAGAAAGAGGAGGACAGUGAGGAUGAGAUAGAUGAGGAGGAGGAUGGUGAUGACAGCCACAAGGAGGAGGGGGAUCAUCACUGCCACAUCUCCCCUGCCAAGAAGCCAUACAUCUGUGCUGGCUGUGGCAAGACCUUCACUCGCAGCCUGACGCUCAUUGCCCAUUGGCACAGCCACUCCGGGAAGAAGCCCUUUGCCUGCACUGACUGUGGCAAGAGCUUCCGCCACGGCUCCAGCUUCUUCCAGCACCGCCGUGUCCACACUGGCGAGAGUCCACACAUCUGUGGUGACUGCGGCAAGAGCUUCCAGGGGAACUCAAUGCUCAUCGCCCAUGGGCACAUUCACACACGUGAGAAGCCCUUUACCUGCAGUGACUGUGGCAAGAGCUUCAGUGUCAGCUGCCACUUCUUCCGACACUGCCGUGUCCACACUGGUGAGAAGCCGUACUGCUGUGCUGGCUGUGGCAAGAGCUUCCGUUGGAGCAAGACUCUCAUUACACAUUGGCGUGUCCACACCGGCGAGCAGCCUUUUGCCUGUGAUGACUGCUGUGAGACCUUUUGCCACAUUUCCCACUUCCUACAGCACCGCUGUGUCCACGCUGUCAAGAGGCCAUACAACUGUAGUGACUGUGGCAAGAACUUCAGCUGCACCUCUGACCGUAACCAGCACCUCUGCAGCCACCUCUCCAAGGGCCAUGGGCUGUGUGGAGGCGAAAACAAGCCACUGGCCACAGAAGUCCUUGAGGCCCAGCAGAGCUCUGAUCAGGGCUCAGACACAGUAAAGCAGAAGGAAACUUGCACUGGCGAGAGGCCAGAUGUCCGUGCUGACUGCAGCAAGAGCUUCACCAAGCACCGCCAUGUCCGCAUUGGCAAGAAGUCCCUGACCUGCACCGACUGUGGAAAGAGCUUCAAACAGAGGUCCCAUCUCACCCAGCAUCGCCGCACCCACACCGGAGAGAAGCCCUAUACCUGUGGUGACUGCAAGAGAAGUUUCACUGAUAAGUCCUCCCUCACCCAGCACCGCCGCACUCACACUGGUGAGAAGCCCUACACCUGCACUGACUGUGGCAAGAGCUUCCGCCAAACCUCCACACUUGCCCAGCACCGCAUUGUCCAUACUGGUGAGAGGCCAUACCACUGCACUAAAUGCAACAAGAGCUUCAGCUUCAGCUCCAAUCUCAACCAGCACCUACGUGUCCACACGGGCAAGAAGCCCUUCACCUGCACUGACUGUGGCAAGAGCUUCACCCGUAGGUUUGAUCUCACCAAACACAGUCGCACCCACACCAGUGAGAAACCUGAGAAGACUUACGCCUGUCCUGACUGCAGCAAGCGGUUCAUCCACAAGUCUUCCCUCACCCAGCACCGCCGUGUCCACACCGGUGAGAAGCCCAUCUUCACCUGUGCCAACUGUGCCAAGAAAUUCAGCAGCAGAUCCACCCUCAACCGGCACCACCGCACCCAGGCUUGUGAAAAGUCUGUGGCAGGGAGCACAUAA